UUGAAAUGCGAGGUAUCAUUUUUUUAUUGUGUUUAUAUUGUGUUCAGGCCUCUGGCGCAGAUUGGUUGAAUAGAACCAUUCGUGUAGAUUUUGUUGUCGAUCGUGAAGUCUUCCAUGCUUUCCAUGAUCAGAAUGAUUUUCCCAGAGAAUCACCGAUAAAUGAUCGUCGUGGAAUCAAUGCUACCAACGGUCAAUUUCCUUGGACUAUAUUUACCAGAGCACGGUCACCUACCCAAGGGGCUCUUUGUACGGGUACGAUCAUUAGUGAUAGCUACUUUCUUAGUGAUUUACGCUGUCUCGGUCAACAAAUGAUUCCACCGGCCAAUUCGAUGGGUAUUUAUAUUGGAUCUAAUGAAGUUGAUUGGCGCGACUCACCAACAAAUUUCGUACGACAUUCCUGGUACAUAGCACCAUCAGCCCAAAACAGUCCGAACAUUGCGUUGUGCAGAAUUGAUGAACCAUUGACCUUUAAUCCGAAUGUUCAACCUAUUCGUUUGCCAUACACAUCUAACACUAACUUCUCCUAUGAAGCAUGGUCAUCGUUAUUACUCGGCUACGAACUUACAGCAAACAAUAAUAGAUUUUUCGAUCAGUUACGAUCUGUACCGAACAAAAUUUUGCACAACGAUCAAUGUAAUUUCCUUGGUAGAAUUGAUGAACAUGAAAUGUGUGGAUUGACAGACGUUACCCCAUAUGAUAAUGAAUUUACACCAAUACGCUUCAGUAUAUUUACAGGCGGAGCUUGGAUGGUGAACGAAUAUGCUGCAGAUUUAAAUCUCCAUCCAGUUCUCAUAGGGAUUCACCACUAUCAGUUCUUUAAUGGAACUGAGGACACUUUUGGACGGGCGACCAGAGUUUCACAUUUCUUGGAAUGGAUUUCGACACUCACUGACGGUGAUACUAAUAAAUAAUUGAUGACAGUUUGACAACUUGUUCAAUUAAAUCUACGGUAUUCUCC